AUGUUAUUACACCAAUGCAAUGCCGUUGCUUUUACCAAUGCAGAGAUUUAUAGUUUAGGUGCUACUAGAACACGUGACAGAAACCGUGGAAAAGAAGCCGAUGAAUCGUUUCGUCCAAUAAAACCAGCCGUAACUGCACCAAACGGGUGCGAUGGAAAUGAUUUACCUUGGCCAAAUUUAGUUGUGGAAGUAGCCUAUACUGAAACAUUGGCUCAUGUCCAAGAAACGUUGCGCUACUGGUUAAGUCCUGGUCGCGCCCAUGAUUGUAUUAUUGUUAAAAUCGAUCCGGUUCCCCAAGGCCAAGCACCGGUCCGUAUGAGGGCUUGGCAUUACUGUGUCUCAGCAGUUAUAGGAACGAGAAAUACAGUUCCUCUUGUAACUACGUUUGAAUUUGGAACCAAAGAUGACACGGGAACUGCAACAAAUAUUAAUCAAGGUCAAUGCAUUAUUAACAUAUCAUCAAGCUGUCUUUAUCAUGGGUUGAAGCCUCCUACACAAAUUCCUCAAAAUCUUCCUGAUCCUAUUCCACUGGAUUUCUACUUUGCUCAACGUGCCGUCACACAAGCAUUUAACAUUUACUAG